CUCCUCGAUAUUAGCCGUCAGUUGGAUAAGGCGGAUCGCAUCAACUUGGAUCGCUGCGCAAAGCACUUGGCGCGGCUCGGAGAAUACGCCUUUGCUGCAGACUGCUACGCUCGCAUUGGUGACGUUGAGAGUCAACUUGACCUCCAUCUGGAAGCCGGAAAAUGGGAAGAGGUUGGUUUAUACGCAAUUUUUCUGCCUCGAUGGAGUGGUUUGUAA